AUGACUGGAAAAGCGCUAGCUCAGAUCAUUGAUAUCGUUUUCAAGGCAAGCAGGUGGAUUCAUGGCAAAACAAUGGGCGAUGCGACCGAUCAAUUUCCGGUUGACAAAUUGGAAUGCUUGUUUGUAAAUCGAAGCUUGGCAAAUAUCAGAUUUCCCACUGUUGCUUGUCCAACAAUUCAUGCUGCCGAGCACAUAUAA